GUUUGUUUCGGGAAGGCUGGGGAGCGCGGCGUGGCUGCUGGAGAGCUGACUCAUGGGCCGCGGUUGCUGGGAUUUGGUGCCUUUUUUCUACCUGGACCUCUGGUUCCUGACUGCCAGCCACGAGAUAUAUUUCCAGCUGACGGCCAGUCUGAGCACACGACUCCUGCGAAAGUGGUGAGGGCUGCCAACCCCAGGCAGCGGAAGGGAAGCAAGGUUGGUGACUUUGGUGAUGCUACAAAUUGGCCUACACCUGGAGAAAUAGCCCACAAGAGCGUCCAGCAGCCACACAAAGCUCCUUCCCUCCGAAAGCUGCCUGUCAAGAAAGACAUGAAAGAACAGGAGAAAGGAGAUGGGAGCGAUGGCAAAGAGAGCCUGAAAACCAAAUCGGAUGAGUCUGGGGAGGAGAAGAAUGGUGACGACGACAACCAGAAGUCAGCCCAGAAGAAGAAAGGCAACAAACACAAGUGGGUCCCUCUGCAGAUAGACAUGAAGUCCGAGGUGCCUCGGGACAAAACGGCCUCGCGGAACAACCGGCAGAACGAGCAGCACAGGCACCCCUCCAACAACCGCGGCGAGCUGAAAGGCUGGCACCCGGACAACAAGCACGAGCGCAGCUGGCAGGACCACGACGAGACCUCCAGCGUGAAGAGCGAGGGGGGAGCCGUGCGAGGAGCCUUCCGCGGCCGAGGCAGGGGCCGUGGCAGGGGCCGGGGCCGCGGCAGAGGAGCGCACUUUGACUACCAGUAUGGGUACCGGAAAUUUGAGGGCUCGGACGGCUCUCGCACCCAGAAGUACGCUAGCAACAUCACUUACUACUUCGACAACAUCAGCAGCACCGAGCUCUACAGCGUGGACCAGGAACUGCUCAAGGACUACAUCAAGCGCCAAAUAGAAUAUUACUUCAGCGUGGACAACCUGGAGCGAGAUUUCUUCCUGCGUCGCAAGAUGGACUCGGAUGGCUUCCUGCCCAUCACCCUGAUUGCCAGCUUCCACCGGGUGCAGGCGCUGACCACUGACAUCAGCCUCAUCAUCAAGGCCCUGAAGGACAGCAAGGUGGUGGAAAUCGUGGACCAGAAGAUCAGAAGAAAAGAGCAGCCAGAAAAAUGGGCUCUGCCUGGCCCUCCCAUGGCAGACUACACACAGACGGACUUCUCGCAGUUCAUCAACUGCCCUGAGUUUGUGCCCCGGCAAAGCUUCCAGAAGGAGACAGAGUCUGCUCCUGGCUCCCCGCGUCCUGCCAGCCCGGUGCCCACCAAGUCGGAGGAGGUCAGUAACCUGAAGACGAUGCCCAAGGGCCUGUCCGCCAGCCUGCCGGACCUGGAUUCAGAGACGUGGAUCGAAGUGAAGAAGAGGCCUCGGCCCUCUCCCGCCAGGCCCAAGAAACCGGAGGAGUCAAAGACCCCGCAGCAGCAGAAGCAAAAGGACCAAGAUGAACCUGAAGAGUUGGAUUUCCUCUUUGACGAGGAGAUGGAGCAGAUGGACGGCCGCAAGAACACGUUCACCGACUGGUCAGACGAGGAUUCGGAUUAUGAAAUCGAUGAUCGGGAUGUGAACAAGAUCCUCAUCGUGACGCAGACGCCUCCUUACCUGCGCCGGCAUCCUGGCGGGGACCGGACUGGCAACCAUACAUCCAGGGCUAAAAUGAGCUCAGAGCUGGCCAAGGUGAUCAACGAUGGGCUGUAUUACUACGAGCAAGACCUGUGGACGGAGCAGUUUGAGCCAGAGUACUCGCAGAUCAAGCAAGAGGUGGAGAACUUCAAGAAGGUGAACAUGAUCAGCAGGGAGCAGUUCGAUACCCUGACCCCAGAGCCCCCCGUGGAUCCAAACCAGGAGGUCCCUCCUGGCCCCCCCAGGUUCCAGCAAGUACCCACAGACGCGUUGGCUAACAAGUUGUUUGGAGUCCCUGAACCUUCCACCAUCGCCCGGUCUUUGCCUACAACCGUACCAGAAUCACCCAACUAUCGCAACGCCAGGACCCCCCGGACCCCUCGCACGCCUCAGCUGAAGGACCCGACCCAGACCCCCCGGUUCUACCCGGUGGUGAAGGAGGGCAGGACAAUAGAUGCCAAGACCCCACGGAAGAGGAAGACGAGGCACAGUUCAAACCCCCCGAUGGAGUGCCACGUGGGCUGGGUGAUGGACUCGCGGGAGCACAGGCCCCGAACCGCCUCUAUCAGCUCCAGCCCCUCAGAGGGCACCCCAGCUGUCGGAAGCUACGGCUGCACCCCGCAGUCCUUGCCCAAGUUCCAACACCCUUCCCACGAGCUGCUCAAGGAGAACGGCUUCACGCAACAUGUCUACCACAAGUACCGUCGGCGCUGCCUUAACGAGCGGAAACGACUGGGCAUUGGUCAGUCCCAGGAGAUGAACACGCUCUUCCGGUUCUGGUCCUUCUUCCUACGAGAUCACUUCAACAAGAAAAUGUAUGAGGAGUUCAAGCAGCUGGCUGUGGAGGAUGGAAAGGAGGGAUACAGGUACGGUCUGGAGUGCCUUUUCAGAUACUACAGCUAUGGGCUGGAGAAGAAAUUCCGGCCAGACAUAUUUAAGGACUUUCAAGAAGAGACCAUCAAGGAUUAUGAAGCUGGACAGCUCUACGGGCUGGAAAAGUUCUGGGCCUUCCUAAAAUAUUCCAAAGCCAAAAACCUGGACAUCAACAGCAAACUGCAAGAAUACCUCAGCAAGUUCAAGCGCCUCGAGGACUUCCGAGUGGACCCACCCAUGGGAGAGGAAGGCGGACACAAGAGAUACCCGACGACAUCAGGGGGAGACGGCAGGAAGCGCUACCCAUCCCAGUCUUCCAGCAAAACGGUCAGCCAGUGCCCAGCCAGCCAAGCCCACGCCUCGCCCAGCCAGCCUGCACAAGAGGAUGCCAAAAACCUGAGCCAGCAAGUCCCUGCCCCUGCAGCCGCAGAAUUGCAGACAGUGGGGAAGUAGAGGGGCUGCAGCUUCUGCUUCCCUCCGGGAGACGGGGUGGGUUGGUGGGGGACUGGCUCGGAGAAGGGGAGCCCCGAGGGGUGGGACAGGAAGGGAGUUGGAAUGUGGGUGCCCAGGAAUAGGCUGCUGGGGAGAAACUUCAACGCACACGAUUUUUUCUCUUGUGGUUGGAAAGCAAAGACGAUCCGCAUCUAAAACACCGUUUUGCUAUUACAAACCUGACCAGAGCCAGACCCACCCCCUCCAGCCCCACCCUCUGCUUUUCUUUACCGCCCCUUCCCUCUUGUGCACACACUCAUGUCUUAGUGUCUCUUUAAAAAAAUGUUCUGGCUGGGUUGGAAAGGGGAGAUUUUUUUAUUAUUAUAUAUAUAUAUCAAGUUUUAAAUUAUUGCUAGAAGUUCGUCCAGAUUUACCAAAACAAAUCUGCUCUCUGUGGCCCCGACGACUCCCCUCUGUGUCUCCCCCUUGGACCGCUUGCAGCCUGAUCAGGAAGCUCGGACGAGCGAGGUUCCCCGCCAGGGACCGAAGCCGCAGCGUGUUGCGGCGCUGCGGAGCCUCUGAUCUCCGUGACCCGGCUGACAGCUCCCAUUCCACGCACGGCGCUGCCUCGCCAACACCGACCACCGCAAAAGGAACGUGGCCCUCAUCGUCCUCCCGGUCCCUCCUCCCCAGCGUCUUCGUCUCCAACCUUCCUGGGGGUCUGGCUCUCCCUCCGCCCGUCUCUCCCUUCCGUCACGGACGUUUUGAAUCAACCAAAGGACCUUUGCCAAGGAUGGGUUUGUUCUGACUCCUUCCUGCGAGGACGGCGUGGGGGGGGCAGCAGGCGCCUGGACUCGAGCCUGUGUGGACAGUGCACCCGCCUCCCCAGGGCUGCUCGUCGCACGCAAAGACAGGACUUUGCCGAAGGAGGCUUUCUCUUCCUUUUCCCUUGGAAAAAUGAAACAACCAAGAAAAAAAAAAAACACAUAAAACCCCCUAAAACAAACAAACAAAAGACUUUGAAUAGACACAUCUCCCUUUGCUUUCUUCCUUGGAAAUAUUAAUUGAAGAAAAAAACAAAACAAACAAACAAAAAAAAAAACACAAAAAAAUACAAAAAAGAAAAAAGAAAACAAAAAAAAAAACACAAAACAAAAAAAAAAAGUUGCCUUAUGGUGGAGCUGGAACAGGGAGGCUCGCUGGCUUCCCAUGCCCCGGGGUGCACUGGGCACUCUGCCUGCCCGCCCAGAGACUCCUCACGGCCCCCCUGCCGAGCCGAGCUUUCUCGCGGCCUCUCCUCCAUCCCGCACUCGCUCGGACCUCGCUCAGAUGCACCCUGCUGUGGAGAACCCCCCUGCCGGCCCUGCUCCUGCAGGGGUAGGUGCUGAGGGCUGUCAAAUCCAAGACUUGUGCUCGGGAAGUAGUUGAAGCCGCUCUGUUGUGUAUAUACCAUUGUAGCAUCCUCCCCAUGAUGGUGACUGUGUUCGGGGCCUCGCUCAGCCUCCUGCGGGCAGCCUUGGGGGGCAAGCAGGGACGUCCAGUGGGCAGCCGGGGGACUCCUUGCCAUGUCUGUAGCCCGAUGAAUGGUGUGGCUCCCGUGGCUGGGGCGCUGCUGGUGGCACUCGCUCGGGGUCCCAGCGGGUACCUCUGUCCUGGGGUUCAUCGCACAUCUCGUCUCAGCAGGAGGCUGCGCUGAGCCCUCUGAGGGCUGUGACAACGCCCUGCUGCUGUCCCUUGCUCGGCUGAGGUGAGGGGGUGCCCGCAGAGCUGCUGCACCUUGUCCUGGGCUCCUCUGUGUGGCACCAGGGGGGCUUCGGCCGGCAAAUCCCUCCUGAGUUGUGCUCCCUCGAAAGCGUGUGGCUGGGGGCAGGUGCUGGGGCGAGAUCCGUGCCCAGGGUCCAGAAGCAGCGCUGGGAGGUUGUGCCCCUGCUGCGAGGGUGGAAGCUCCUCUUCAGCGAGCUGUGCUUGCCUCGCUGCUGCUGUGCUGUCUCCUGGGUCAGGAUGCGUGCUUUGCAGCUGGCUUGGUCGUGGCUCCGGCGUGCUGGCCUCACGUACCGCGAGUGUGCUCCUGCACAUGGUGGCUACUGGAAGAUGCAGCUCAUCGCGUUACCCUCUGCAAAAUCCAGAGCUGGUAACGAACAGCAUCUUCCCGAAGUAUCUGCUCGAUACAGUGCUGCAUCUGGUAGCUGGAGGAAGGAGUCACCUCUCCAGGGCUGCCUCCAUACGGCUAUGGGGCUGGUGGACCAGAGCAGCCAGGAGCUGGGAGCAGGCCUCGGGGUGUUGAGCAUGGGCACGUUGGCCAGAGCAGAGCAGCCAGCGGGGAGCCGGAGGUCAGGGGUGGCUGUGGAUGCUUGCUGGGCCGUGUUACCACCUUCUGAGCUGCCCCUGUGCCGAACGUGCUGCUCUGGCAGGUGGGAAGGGAGGAGCGGGGCUGGGCCGCAUGGAGCAGCUUCGUGACCUGCUGCUAGUAACUGAAAGCACAGCUUGGGUUUGAGGCUGGGUAGCUGCUACUUCGCCAUUUCCUCCUAGUGUGAUCCUGUUCUGGUUCGUCUGUCACUACCACGCCAUCCUGCAGCUCGGUACCGCUUGGAGGCCCCGUUCAGGGCACGAAGGUGCCCAAGCCAUCGGCGUGCUCCGUAUCCGCAGCAGCGCCCCGGGGGCUCGGAGCAGUACCCAGGCCGGGCUGGCAAGUAAUGUCUGUACAGCGCUGCGGCCUUGACUGUUACCUCCAAAUUUCUCUUCUCUUGUGAGCCAGAGUCAGAUCUCUAAUGUUACGGAUGUGGCAGGGUUCGACCCUGAUUUGGGAAGGAGGCGCCUUGGAGGCUGAACCUGGGGGUUGGCUGAGGAUGUUGGAGAUGUUUUGCUGGUCGUUCGCAAGUGGAAGCGGGUUCGAAUGUGCCACAGGUGGUCCUUGCUGCUGUGUUCCCUGUAUUCCUCUCGUUGGUGCAUGUUCUCUUCAGAAGCCAGUUGUCUGCUUUUGAGCAGGGAACAAAAUAGGAAAGUAGGAGAAGCGAGCUCCUGCUGCGGAGGUGUUCCUUGUGGAGCAGACUGUGGAAUUGUCAGGGUGGUAGAAAAGGCUGAGAAACGUCCCAGAGAACUUCCCAAAUCCUGAAUUGAUUUUAAAUUAUUCUUCCUUUAAUUUCUAAGGCUAAGACCGUGUAGUCCUGGCACAGAAGACCUUUUCCCCCCUCAUAGUCAGUGGCUUGUUGCAUCAGUGUAGCUGAGGGCCCUGUUGGGCUGCUGGCCGCAUUUGUGUGCCAGCGGCCUUGGUUAGAGGCCACGUGCUGCCGUGUGCCUUGCUCUGUCCUCUGUGUGGGACAGCAGCACCUCCAGGGAGUGAAGGGGAGAUGGCAGGGAGGGAAAGAAGCAGCCCCAGGCAGCUGUAGCUGGCUCCCGGGGCAGCAGGGCCUGCAGGCCGCCACCGAGCAGGGCCGCGGUGCCUGCCGGGCCCAGCCCCACACAGGGCUGGCUCCGUGAGGCACGUGGACACCUUGUGGGGCCGGGACUGCUGUGGUGUGGUCAGGGCUGGCCUGUGGGGCUGCAGAGGUGUUUCUUCUCCCUCACAAAACGUGUUGGUGCCAUACAUCAGGCAGCGCAUGCGGCUUGCCGCACUGCGCCCCCAGGGAAGGCAGGCAGCUGUCCGGAGAGGGGCUUGGCUUUUGAGGAAGCUUUGCCCUCCUGCUGAGGAAGGAGUUUGGCCUUGCUUUAGCUUGGAUGCUUCACCACAAUCAUAUUUCGUAAUUACUAUUAUUACUGUUUUUUAAUUUUAAUGGCCUGGGUGAUCAGGCACGCUUAUCGCCGUGACUGCAAUGCUGCUUGCUGACCCGCUGCGCAGUUCGUGGUGGCAGCACCAGGCUGGUGCCCAGCCACUGGCACAGCCGGAGGGAGCCCUGGCUGCUGGUGCAAAGUUUAGGGCGGCUGGGUGAGCACACCCUGUCUCCCCCCGGCUGCUGUGUGAGCCCUCUCCUCACCAAGGUCCUGUACAUCCAACCCCCUUUGGGGCACGGGCACCUGGGACAGGUCCAGACUUCUGGUGCGGGUCAGUGGGUGGAGGUGGAUGGUUUGUUUCAGAGGAGGCUUUGUUGCUUGGCCACGCUCAUUUGAAAAAGAAAAAUAAUAAUAAUAAUGCUGCUGCUCCAUUUGCUUGCCUGUCCCUCUCCCUGCUGAGUCCCUCGGACCCCUCCCCAUUGGCAGCCUUUCUCUGCAGCCCCUGGGUUCCCUCGAGUUUUGGCAACUGCUCGUUUUGCUUCGGCCUGGUUGCCUGUACUGUACGGGAUGAGGCGUUAACCUCGGUGUCCUGCCACGUGUCUGUGCGCUCAGCAUCGUAGUGCGGAGGGGGCCUUUGAGCUGUUAAUGCCUUUCCAGUUAUUUUAUCAAAAGGAAAAAAGAAAAAAAAA